AUGAGCGUUCACUCAAUUGACUAUGCGCAGCGUGCAGUACACAUAGAUUCGACUGAUGUGGACAUUGAGGCCGCCCGCCACUCUAUAAGCUCCCAAGUCUCUCCGACUGCCAUGGAAGGCCCUAUUACAGACGCGUUCACUAGCACAACAAGGGUCGACUCCGCUGACACUAUGAGGCCGCGAAACCGGCGAAAUACUGCUAUCUCCUAUCGUCCUGACGGCUUCCUCGCCGACAUCAACUGGCAACCAGGAACCGAACCUGGUAUCGAUCCGACCAAGCCACUACCCGCCUAUACCUCGGAAUGGUCUUCGAAUGUUCCUGGCGAUCUCCAGAGAGAUUGCAGUAUCACAGUGGUGGACUUUUCUCAGAAUGAAAUGCGACAAUAUGUAUUGGAUAAUGACACACUCGAGCCGUUUCUUGCACGGAAGCGGGAAUCCUGGGUACAAUGUCGCUGGAUAAAUGUCAAUGGGCUGAGCUGGGAUGUGAUCAAAAUUCUUGGAAACCACAAGAAGCUCCAUCGACUGGCCGUUGAGGAUGUGGUACACUCGACAAAUCGCACAAAGGCCGAUUGGUACUCAGACCAUGCUUUUAUUGCCCUGACUCUACAGAAGUUGGUGAAACUGCGAGAAGAUUUGAGUGAUUCUGAGGAUGAAGAUGAUAAUUCAAAUCAGCGAGAUGACAAAGACAGAAAAAGCUCGAGCGCGAGUAGUAUCAGCUCAAUAUCUCUGAAACGUGCCACCAAGCGCAAUGUUAUCCUAGAGGCACUGAAGGACAUGCUUCCAUCAAAAAGACAAGCACCUUCAAACCGCAAAGAAAAAGCGCCCGUUGGAUCCAGCGUUCGUCCCGGAGGACGUGGAGUUAUUUCGAACGAUUCAAACCAGUUUGGAGACAUAGUCAAUGCUUCGGGGGCUACAGCCCCGACACUUCAGCGCUAUCGUGGGGGUCGGAACGAGGAUCGCAUUGAAUUCAUGGAACGCCAUGCUGUGCUUGCUCCAAAAGGAUUAUGCGUGACGUUGGAGCAGGUUUCCAUCUUCCUCCAUGCCGAUAAUACUGUGACGUCUUUUUUUGAGACCAGUGCCGAUGAUAUCGAGGCUCCCAUUGUUCGGCGACUCAGUUCGCCUGAAACAAUCCUUAGACAGUCAUGCGAUGCAAGUAUGCUCCUGCAGGCCAUACUUGAUGCAAUUGUUGACCUUGCGAUCCCUGUCACAAUGGCUUAUCAAGAUGCAAUUGGUGACCUAGAACUGGAUGUUUUAACAGAUCCAGAUAUUGACCAAUCGAAGAGCUUGUAUAUUCUCACUUCUGAGAUUGCUGUUCUUCGUAACUCCAUGCAGCCCUUGGUAGCUGUGAUCAAUGCUCUCCGUGACCAUCGGUCCGAACCGAUUGGCACGCCAGGUCUUGCAGCUUUGCGUGGUGGUCCACUCAGUCCUUCCUCUACGCCUGGAGAUCCUCAUAUUGGAGUUAUUACACCAAAUCUAAAAAGCCUUGGAGGGUCGAGUGUUACUAUCAGCUAUAUGUGUCAUACCUAUUUAGGAGAUGCUUUGGAUCAUUGUAUCACCAUUGUAGAAGGAUACGAUCAGAUGAGACGCAAUGCCGAUAACAUGAUUGAUCUCAUUUUCAAUACCAUCGGCGCCUACCAGAACGAAAGCAUGAAGCAGUUGACUAUUGUUACCUGUCUUUAUCUCCCGAUGACUUUUUUGACGGGGUAUUUCGGAAUGAAUUUCACGGAUUUUGCUGGUAUAAAUCACAGUGACUCAUAUUUUUGGAAGAUUGCAGUUCCCUUCGUUGUCGUUACCACCUUGUACCUGAUGCGUGACAAAAUUCAGCGAUACGCUGUUAUGCUUGCCCAGAAACGGCUUAUAGUUAGCUCGAGAAAGCAACGACGAGUGAGGAAGCACGUGUGA